CGCCAAGAGUUUUUCUCAAGUGUCGUCAUGCCCAGGUCGAGCUUGAAUAUCACCUAGGCAACAUCGGUGCUAAAGCUAGGUAAAACAUGCUUCAGCGUUAACGAGUAUCUACUAAGACCGCUCCAUAUAGGCAAUAUAAAAUAAGUAGCUUGCAGUUACCAUCUGCUUCUCUUACAAAUAGGAACGAAUAGCAUAGCAAAAAGAGGUGACGAUCCCUUUUACGCCCGGGUCAAAGGGCAUCUUCCAGCGGCAAGCAAUACAAGGCAAUGUGGCGACCAUGUCCGAAUUCUCAAAUAACUCUCAGUUCUCCCUCAGCAGCCAGCCGGGUACACGUCUUUACUAACCAAACACCAUCAAGCAGCACUGCAAACGGAAUUCGAUAAUGGAAGGGUCAGAAUGAUAGAUUUCUCAACGCGAACCCGCCUGCAAUGCUAUACCAAGGAUGGGGAAAGAAGAGGAAGAGGACGAAGAAGAACAAGGCAAGGAAAAGGGGGAAUAGUUUGUGUACAUAAGAAAAGGGAAAGCAGCUUUUUGAAUGCCUCGCUCCGCCGCAUCUACUACUGCUCCCGCCUUCCGCUGCUUCCAGCAUCGUGUGGUUACAUCCACCGUACAACGGCAGAUCGCGGAAUGAUGAAUGGCAAUGUCAAAAUUAAUACGAAUCUUCCACAGCCCCUGACGACCACACGCCUGCUCCCGCCCGUUCCUCUGCCUGACCUUGCGGUCCCGCUCCUCUUCUUCGUUUGCUUUUGGACCAAGGAACGACGAACGAAUAUUCAUGGCGAUGGACUCGGAAGUAGAUGGUCUUUGGAUUAUAAACACAGUCUGCGCAACGCUGAUAGCCUAGAGGCCGAAAAUGAGUUGGGGUAUAGUGUGAUGCCGAACAUGAGAGGAGUAACGGUGGGUAGCGCCGAUAAUGGAUGCAUGUCGCCCGUAGCCGCGACCAGCGAGGCGGCACAGACCCGUAUGUGACGCAGAUUACAAAUUCAUUACAAGGGUACAUGCCCGAGGAGUUCCAGGGAUAACUUCUUUCUCUUUCCGAAUCGAUCCAAGUUGA